AUGGCUGAAGCUAUAGGACUUGCAUCGGGCAUCGUUGGCCUAGCUACAGCUGCUGUGCAGGUUACCGAAAUAAGCUACAGAUAUUAUACAGGAGUGAAGGGAGCGCCAACGGAGAUUAAGGAGCUUUUAGAUGAGCUGAACUCGCUUAGCCAGGUGCUUAACGCUCUGAAAGAUGUGGCCAAAAAGAACCCGCACUCGACGGCGCUGCAGAAGCUCAGUGAAAGCAUCAAUGGUGUCGAUGGGCCGCUCCCACAAUGUCUCGAUAUGUUAAAUGAUCUCAAGACUAAGUUGGAGCGUUCGAAGUCUGAACAGGGACGAUGGAGAAGAUUCUUGCAUCGUCUCAAAUGGCCACUUGUACAAGGGGAUACUCAGCAAUAUAUAAGUCGAAUUCAAAGACAGAGGAGUCUUUUCACUACAGCUUUGAAUAUUGAUCAUCUGUCGUUAUCGACUGAAAUCAGAGAAUCUGUAGGCAAAACGGAGAUAGCUAUCCGAGAUCUUCAAACCCAGGCGGAGGAAGAGAAAAAAGACCGCUUGGCGGAAAAACAGACCAAAAAACAUCAGAAGACUCUCCACUGGUUGCACCCUUAUGAUACGGUCACAAAACAAAUUCACAUUACUAGCAGGCGGCAUCCGAACACUGGGGGAUGGAUCUUUGAAACGCCUGGGUUUAAAGCAUUUGAGAAGGCGUCUAGUCUAGGAUCUGGAUCCCAACUACUCUGGGGCUAUGGCAUUCCUGGAGCUGGUAAAUCAUUUUUAAGCUCCUUCAUAAUCGACUAUUUCCUGGUGCACAUGGGAUGUUCUUGA